UGGUGGAUGAGUCUGUUGAGCAUGGCAGAAAGGAACGAGACAGUGGCAGUGAAAGUGGGAGCAGUGCUUGAUCUUUCAGGAAGGGUUGGGAAGAUGGGGUUGAGCUGCAUCAACAUGUCCCUUUCAGAAUUCUAUCAUUCUCAUUCUGAUUACAACACCAGGCUCCAAUUCAGCAUCAGGGAUUCUCACGGGGACGUUGUUACUUCCGCUGCUGAAGCUCUGGAUCUCAUAAAAAAUGAGGAAGUGGAAGCUAUCAUGGGGCCAAUAACAACAAUGGAGGCAAACUUUGUGAUCAAUCUAGGAGACAAAGCUCAUGUGCCCAUUGUAACCUUUUCAGCAACAAGCCCUUCUCUUACAUCCCUUCAGAGUCAAUAUUUUUUCCAAAUUGCACAAAAUGAUUCAGCUCAAGUAAAAGCCAUCAGUGCAGUUAUCCAAGCUCUUGGAUGGAAAGAAGUGGUGCCCAUUUACGUAGACAAUAGUUAUGGUGAAGGAGUUAUUCCUUGCUUAACCAAUGUUCUACAACAAGCUUAUGUGCGAGUUCCUUAUCUCAGUGCCAUUUCUCUUUCAGCAACUGAUGAAGCAAUUAAAAGUGAGCUCUAUAAGUUGAUGACAAUGCAAACCCGAGUAUUUGUUGUGCACAUGUCACCACGUUUUGGUUUUCACCUCUUAACCAUUGCAAGUCAGAUUGGAAUGAUGGAGCAAGGCUAUGUUUGGAUCCUAACCGAUGGUAUGGCUAAUUGGUUCAACUCCUUAAACUCCUCUGUCAUGGAAUCGAUGGAAGGAGUAUUGGGUGUUAGGCCUUAUAUUCCAAGAACAAAAGCUCUUGAUGAUUUUAAAGCUCGAUGGAAACGAAAGUUCCUGCCAGACAAUCCAACACUUGUUGACACAAAUUUGAACGUUUAUGGAAUAUGGGCUUAUGAUGCUACCACAGCAUUAGCAAUGGCUGUUGAGAAGGUAGGAACCGCAAAUUUUGUGAACAACACUUCAAGCAACGUAUCUGAUCUUGAAAAGUUUGGCAUUUCACAAAAUGGUGAGAAGCUGCGUGAAGCUUUGUCAAACACGAGAUUUACAGGCCUCAGUGGUGAGUUCAAUGUACUUGGUGGGCAGUUACAAGCAUCAACAUUUGAGAUAAUUAACGUGGUUGGUGAUGGGGAAAGGAGGGUAGGAUUUUGGACUCCCCAUAAGGGGUUAGCAAGAAAUUUUGAUACAAAAAGAACAAGCAUGUACUCUACUUCUAAGGACAAUCUGGGACCCAUUAUGUGGCCAGGGGAUACGACCUCUGUUCCAAAGGGAUGGGAGAUUCCCACAAAUGGGAACAAGUUGAGGGUAGGAGUUCCAGUCAAAGAUGGAAAUGGUUUUACUGAAUUUGUGAAAGUAACAUAUGACCCUAGUACUAAUUCAACAGAGGUCACUGGCUUCUGCAUUGAUGUCUUCAAAGCUGUGCUGGAAGUGUUGCCUUAUGCCCUACCGUGUGAAUUUAUUCCAUUUUCAUUGCCAGAUGGAGAGAUGAAAGGAACAUAUGAUGAAUUGGUCAGCCAAGUUUAUUAUGGGAAAUUUGAUGCUGUGGUAGGGGAUACAACGAUUAUUGCAAACAGGUCCACAUAUAUUGAUUUCACAUUGCCAUACACAGAAUCUGGUGUGACAAUGGUUGUUCCAGUGAAAGCAAACAAGAAGAAGAAUGCGUGGGCCUUUUUGAAGCCACUAACAUGGGAACUUUGGGUAACAACGGCUUGUUCAUUUGUAUUCAUUGCAUUUGUUGUGUGGGUCCUUGAACACCGAAUAAACAACAGUUUCAGAGGGCCUCCCUCGAAUCAAAUUGGCACAAGCUUAUGGUUUUCAUUUUCAAUCAUGGUUUCUGCCCAUCGGGAGAAAGUGGUUAGCAACUUGGGUAGAUUUGUAGUGAUCGUAUGGGUUUUUGUGCUUCUAAUUCUGGUUCAAAGUUACACUGCAAGCCUCUCUUCACUCUUAACAGUUGAUCAACUGAGGCCAACUAUUACAGACGUCAAUCAACUCAUAAAGAAUAGAAUGAAUGUUGGCUAUCUGAAAGGUUCUUUUGUUCAUGGAAUAUUGAAGGACUUGGGUUUCCAAGAUAAACAGCUCAAAAAUUAUACCUCCGUAGAAGAAUGCAAUGAGUUUUUCACAAAAGGAAGUGUAAAUGGUGGCAUUGCUGCUGCGUUUGACGAAGUUCCCUACGUGAAGCACUUUCUUGGAACUUAUUGCUCCAAGUAUGCAAUGGUUGAACCCAGGUUUAAAACUGGGGGCUUUGGCUUUGUGUUCCCAAAAGGUUCUCCACUUGUAGCUGAUAUUUCAAGGGCAAUCUUGAAUGUGACUCAGGGAGACAAAAUGAGAACAAUUGAGAAUGCAUGGUUCAAGGAUAUUAGUUGUCAAGAGUAUAGUACAGAAAUUUCCUCUAAUAAUAGUCUUGGCCUUGAAAGCUUCUGGGGUCUGUUUCUCAUUGCAGGGACUGCUUCCUUAUUAGCACUCAUAAUCUUUGCAACGACAUUCCUAUAUCAGCACAGACAUAUCUGGUUUGGCCAUGAUCCAAAUACUUCAAUGUGGAGACGUAUUGGAAUCUUGGUAGGGAUAUUUGAUCAGAGAGACUUGAAUUGUCGCACAUUCAAGAAAAGUGAGAUGCGAAAUAAAAGUGAAACUAGUAGUCUUCAUCAUGGAUCAGGUGCAAUUGAGACAUUCCCAAGUACACAAUGCCCUCCAAGUCCGUCCAGUCAAACUGAGUCAAACUCUCCAUUUCAUGGAGACCAAGGAAUGUUCAGUCCAGACAAUGGUGAUGCUGAUCCAUAUGGUUAUGCAGCUCAUUCUAAAGACACAGAAAUGACCCUCAUGCAACCUGCAAACAACUGUAACAUGAACUCCCAAUCAACAUAGACAUCUACUAUUGUAACACUAAGCUCCUAAUAGUUCUAUUGGAGUCAUAAUUUUCAUUGUAUGAUAACAUGAUGGGGUUGUGUUUCUUCACACAAACAUAAAACUCUUGUGAAGUGCCAUGUGUA